CCACAAUCGUCGGGAAGGGGAUCCCGAAAUUUUCUUGCUUUCUCCGGUCGUCCCCUUCGCCGUUGCCCUGCCAGUGCGGAAUCCGCGACCAUGCCCACUCGUCGUCGAGAAGACCAGCAAGAUUCAGCCGCGGAGUGCCGGAGACCUGGAGCCUUCGAGCGAUAGCUUGUUGAGAUCAUUAAUGGAACCAGUGAUCUUGGAGACGCGUGCUCUCUUCCCUUCCCUGGUAGUGACCGGUAGCCAAUCUUGUGGUGCCGGCGUGCCGCCUCGGUGCCCUCGUGCACGCACGGUGACCGCCGGUUUCGUCUGACCGGGGAACAUUGCUUCGUGAGCACACUGCGCAGCUCACUAGCAAUACACCACGCCUCCCAACAUUGACUGGUUCUCUCUGGUGUACAUAUCUUGGGCAGACACUAGAAAGUUGCUUUGGAGUGAUGUCAGCUGUGUGAAGCUGCCAAAGUAACUGCUUUGCUCGUGGACUAGACUUCGAUGGCGAGAUGGUGCCGUCCAAUAAAUCAAAGUCGACAGCUUCCGGCCUAAGGAAAGCUUCCGUUUCCGUUUCUGAAGUCAAAUUAUCUGACGCCGGUGUCAUUCGUCAGGAUUCGAAGGUCAGGAUACUUCGAUUCUGCUGGGCUCCGGGUUCUGACCAAUCGAGCAGCUUUCGAUCGAAAUCCUUCUUGGCGCUGCUUGAUCUGGUUCAGUUUUCUGCCUCCGAGAGGUAUUUUCGUUCUAUGACUUGGGUAUGUUUUCUGGAGUGUAUGUGUCUGUGAGACUCAUGGAUCUGGUAUGGUUUCAUUUGCGCCUAUGCUUUUGAGGCAAUUCGUAGAUAUUGUUUAAUUCAAAAGGUUUCAUAUCUGGAGUUAAAAUGGAUUUGCUUGUAUGCCGAAUUAGGAUUUGUUUUUAAAAAAUCACUUUUGCAUCAUAUAUUUAGUUGAGUCACAUGAAAUAAUUCUGCAAUCAUCAGUGUCGAUAUUUACUACCUGUCUUCUCAUAUGCAUACAAAUCCAGAAUAAAAUGGAUGGCAUGAGCGUGAGUAUGAAUUUGCGGAAAUCAUUGAAUCUAGUAGUUCACUGGGUUUAAAUUAAAAGCCAAUUCCAUAUUCUGCUCUAGUCUCAUAGGCACAUUCUAGUUACAGUAAUUUAUGUGAUGUGUCUGAAGCUGUCUCUCCAUGAUAUAUGCAGUUACAUUUUGCGCAUAUUCGAACUACCUGAAAUCAGAAGUCGAGGGCUCUAACUCUCUUUUUUCACAUAUACAACAGAAUGCUGCAAUUCUUUUGACAGUCAGAUCCGAGUUGAUUAUAUAUGUCCUUGCGUAAGCGAAACUACAAGUGCAAGUUUCAGUCAUGUCAGAAACGGUUCAAAAUAUCAUUAAAGACGAGAUAGAAGAUAUGACAUUUUCAGAUCCAAAUUCACCUAUUUUGACUGAAUAUCAUAUCACGGUUCCUACUCUUCAUGAUGGGCUAAUGGAUGGGACAGCCCAUCAUGAGCGACGGCUCCUCAAUUUCCUGAAAGCCACUCCUUCGGUGCAAUGGCUAAAGAAAAUCAAUCUUUGUUCCCCACUGACAAAUGUUCAGCUGCCAUCUACUGGUGUCCAUCGCUAUCUUCAUGUUCACUUCAUCAGAAGAAUAAACUGGAGUUCAGUCUUCACCGUAUGCAGGAAAUGGCUCAAGCAUCCUCUGAACAUUGCUCUCCUAAUAUGGCUGCUCUGUGUCGCUUCCUCUGGUGCCAUGUUAAUCUUGCUUAUGUUAGGGCUCCUGAACAUGGCAUUCCCUUCCAAGUUCUUGAGAAACCACUGGAUAGAGAUUGACAACCAAAUCCUUAAUGCCCUCUUCACUCUCAUGAGCAUAUACCAGCACCCAAAUCUCAUCCACCACAUUGUUCUCCUUUGCCGGUGGCAGCCAGAGGACGCAGCCGAGCUCAGGAAAGUUUACUGCAAGGAUGGGGUGUGUCGUCCCAAUGAGCGAGCACACAUAUCCUUUGUGGUGGCUCUCCUUCACAUCACUUGCAUAUGCCAGUAUGUCGACUGUAGCCUGUACUGGGGCUACCCCAGAAUAUCACGCUCUGAGUUUGCUGACAACUUCUUCUUCAUCCUAGGCAUCGCUGCACCGGUCUUUGCCGGAGUGUACACAGUGUACAGCCCUCUUGGCAGAGACUCCGAUGCUUUGUCUGAUGAAGAAACCAAAGAACCAGACACGGUUCAAGUCUUGUUGACAGAAACAAGAACUGUGGUAAGCAAUCCCGCGUGGGCAGGGGGACCCUUUGACUGCAGUGAGGACCCCACAGUAUGCUACCUAUCUUUUCUGUGCACGUUCUGUGUGUUCGGUUGGAACAUGGAGAGGCUUGGGUUCAGCAACAUGUAUGUGCACACCAUCAUGUUCCUGCUGCUGUGCGUCUCACCAUUCUGGGUGUUCAACAUCACAGCGCUCAACAUCCACGACUACGUUCUUGGUGAUGUCAUCGGUGCUGCUGGCAUCAUGUUGUGCUUCUUUGGCCUGCUGUACGGGGGUUUCUGGAGGAUCCAGAUGAGGAAGAAAUUUGGGCUGCCCAGAAGCAGGUGGUUCUGUGGAUCAGCCUCAUUGACAGACUACAUGCAAUGGCUGUUCUGCUGGCCAUGCGCGCUUGCGCAGGAGGUGCGCACAGGAAACCUAUAUGAUGCAAAGGAUGGCAACUUCUAUGAGAAACCAAUGGACGGUGGUGAUGUGGAGAGUGGGUCAGGAUCAAUGGUUACGACGGAAUUGCUGGUCUCUAUGGGAGUAGAAGAGGGGAAUGGUACUGGUGUCGAACUCUCGGUGGAUGGUGAAAUGAUCCCACCCACUCAACCUUUAAUAGAGUUUGAGGAGAGGGAAUGCACUGAUGCAGAAAUUGUGGUGAAUGGUAGCAUCCAGCUCAAAAGCUAACCCAUAGCUGAAGGAUGAUUUGAUUUUAUGGUAUGUAGAAGUAGCCGAAUCAAGCUUCCUUCUUCUUUUUGGUUGACAUCAUCUUUCGAUAUUAUUCUCUUCUUUUGCCAAUUUCUGUUCAGUUGGCAUCUAUUAAUCCAUUUUUUGCAAUUCAACUAAUGUAAUAGAUGUCAUUUUAGCUGUUGUAUGUUAAACAGAAAAAUGGAAUGUGAAUUGUUAUAUUGAUAGCAGAAGUUUAAACUAAUGCAAUAGAUGUCAUUUUAGCUGUUGUAUGUUAAACGGAUAAAUGGAAUGUGGAGUUGUUAU